GUGUUGCGAUGACAUCUGGAAACUCAUGUUCUUAGAAAUUGUAGUGAUAACGGCGAUUGUACCAUAGUCUUAUGGAAAUCUUCAUUCUAUAUCUAUGAUUGUACACAGUUUUACUCUGUAUAAUAACCUUGUAUAAAACUUUGUAUAAUAAGAAAGCAGGAUUAGGCGUUACCCGAAGCUGCACGGUAUUUGCUUUGCUGCGGGUAGGAUUGCUGAACAGCGCAUGCGCCGAUGUCACGCCACAUAAGUAAACCACUAAUGAAGUAAACACGUACUGUUGACGAGAUCAGCUGAUCGUAAGUGAACCAUUUGAGAGACUGUUCCGUGUUCUAUUAGUUACCCCUAAGCCAUAUCGUUUGGUGACGGGCGUGCCGUGAGUUGUUUACGGAAGAGAAACAUUCGUCAAACGUGGCUUGGGAGGGAGACUCGAACCGUCACACACGUAUCAUGGAGUUUCUUAGAUCCAUCAGUCAUCCGGAGGAAGUGUGUGCUUUGUUGCAAUACAAAUUUGGGAAAAUCGGCUCUAUCACCCCUAAAGUGAACGACGAACAGCCAUGUCGGCUGACGGCAAGGAUGUGUUAUCAUUUACUAAGCAAAACCAGCAGGAGCUUUUCGGCAGUUAUCCAGGCGCUGGAUGGGGAGCUACGGCACGCCGUCUGCAUAUUUUAUCUAACCCUUCGCGCUCUCGACACAGUAGAAGAUGACAUGACGAUACCAAUAGACGUGAAGAUGCCCAUGCUAACGAACUUCUACCAACACCUGCACGAGCCUGGUUGGAAGUACACAGACAGCAGCGAGAAGGAUAGCAUCGUACUGGAGCAGUUUCCUUCGGUUGUCGAGGAAUUCGGCAGGUUAGAUGUACUGUAUCAGGAAGUCAUUACCUAUGUGUGUAAGGAGAUGGGACAAGGUAUGGCAGGGUUUCUGCAGUGCAAAGUCGGCACGAUAAAGGAAUGGGACGAGUACUGUCACUUUGUUGCGGGACUUGUUGGGAUCGGUCUGUCUCGUCUUUUCACCGCCUCCAGUCUCGAGACGCGCGUCGUGGGCGAGGACACGGCGCUGGCAAACUCGCUGGGAUUAUUUCUGCAGAAGACGAACAUCAUACGCGAUUACCUGGAAGACACCGACGACGGCCGCGAGUUUUGGCCGCGGGAAAUCUGGUCGAAGUACGCGGGAGCGCUCUCCGAGUUUAAGCGUGCUGAUAAGCGUGAGAAAGGAUUGGAGUGCCUGAACGAGUUGGUCACCAACGCUCUGCGACAUGUUCCUGAUGUGCUCGUCUACUUGUCCCGUCUACGCAACCAGAGCAUCUUCAACUUCUGUGCAAUUCCUCAGGUAAUGGCCAUGGCAACGUUGGAGCGUUGUUAUAGCAACCCAGCUGUGUUCACACGAGUGGUAAAGAUCCGCAAGGGUGAGGCAGUGCGUCUCAUGGUGGAUGCGACAAGCAUGGAUGCCAUCAACGCAAUAUUCGACAAAUUUGCCAGGCUCAUCGACUUGCGUGUGCCAAUAAGGGAUCCAAGUGCUGCUGAGACUCGCGUGUUGUGUGGCGCAGUACUGCAGCGAACCAGCCGAGCGCAGGCGACACACCUGGACAGCCAUCCCCGCUUCUUGCCAGUCUACACCUCCUUCUUCCUGGUCAUACUCGCCCUUGGUUGGGCGUAUUGGAUGGGGGCUCAAAACGUAUAUCACAAACUCACAGAUUCUUUCUAGUUAGACACAACAGGACGUGAAGGAAAUUAAUUAGGGUCAUCUUUAUUUACUGUCGAAUCAACGUCAAAACUAUGUGAGUUGAAUACAUUAUUGAAACUACAUUAUGUAAAAGUAGUUGGUGGCCUACCAAUGUACACCUAAUCUCUUUUUGAAAACAACAGUGCUGCAAAAUAUGUGUGAAGUAUGGUGUUGAUAUCAUCAGGAGUAUAUAAUAUAGAUAUAGAUCUAUAUUAUACACUCCUGAUAUGAUGUAGUAGUUUCAGCCAAGCUCCACCCUCGAUUCAACAGGACAUAGGAAGGAUAAAUAAACUUGUGGGAUUAGUAGUGAAAUAAAUAUAUGUAUUAUUUUAUUCCUCCUUGGAUGUAUGUUUGCUGAUAGCAGUGACAUGAAAUUCUUGCCAUUUAUGCACUUGAAUAUAUCAGGAAUUAAUAAAAACAAAGGAGUAUGCAAGGCUUAAUUAUUGGAAAUUCAACAUUCACUAGCCUUAAUCUACGUAUGAUUUCUCACGUUUAAUUAAAUAAACAUGAGCUCAAAAUGUAUCAUAAACAUUCAUCUAGCUUCGAUUAUUCCGUAUACACAUUCACAAUCCACAGAUAUACACUAAAAUGUUCGUCAUGAAUGGUUUUCGAAUCAUUGCCGUUAAUCCAAUCAUAUAGUGCCACGCGCAGCAUUUUCAAUAAGUGGCUUGUUGGAAAUGCAAUGAGCAGCACUAUAAUGCUAAUCACUAUGAUUGUUUUGAGGAAAUCUAUAUUAACCGACCGUUAUUCGAAGGGUAGUCGAACGUUAUUAACCGAAAGUUGCUCGCAAACGUUUGAUAUCCUAUUGCUUUGCACACCUUUUUAUUCAUUCCUGAUUAAAUAUGUAUAUAUUAGUAAGUAAAGGUACAUAUCAUAUGUAGGUGUCUGUGAUAAAUAACUGACAUUCCGUAAUUGGAACAGUUGAAUCGUUUGGUGGUUUUGAGGGAUAAUUGCCACGUACCAUUGUCAGAAGUAAAAAUAAUACGUGUAUAUAUAUACAAAGUUAAAACAUGUGAAUAUGUCGCAAGACCCUGUGUACACAUUAGGUGCACAUAAUUCUGGCAUUUUGUUAUUGGAGCUGCCAAAGUGCAUGUGAUUGGAGAAACUGUUGUUUUCAUCACUGUAACUUAUAAUUUUGGGAUAAAUUGCUGUAGGUGGGUGAAUUCAGCUGGAAUUGCCACAUCGUUUUGGUGAAUUGUGUGUUUUUUUGUUUUGCCUGUUUUCUGUUGUUAAUAAAUACAUGUCACAUUUC